UCUCCCCCUUGGUCCCGAAGCCAGUAGAAAGUAGGAGAGCUGUUUGGGACCCAGCUCGGUGGGGGAGAUACGGGCCUGUCCGAAUAUCACCCUUGUGUUUUCCCUGCUGUGCGCCUGCUUCUCAGCGCCCUGGAGACCCGGGCGAUGGGCAGAGAAUCCCAUAUUGAUUCAGGGCCCCUGGAGCUGUUGUUAACCCUGAACCAGUUUCUCUGAGCUAUCACAGGUUUCCACCUUCUCCAGCUCCUGGGGUGCCUCUCUGAGCUCAGCCGGCACCCCAGCAGUCCCUCUACUGGUUAGCCGUGGCAAGGCAGCCACCCAGGGCAGCGGAUUCUUCCUGCUGGUGCCCUGCGUGCUUGAAAAACUCUGAUCAGAAGACCCGGCACCAAAAGAGAGCCUGCUCCCUUUAAAGGGAGCUUGGAGAGCUCGGGCCAGACUUCCCAGAAGAUAAGACCUUUGAAUAGGUAGCAUCUGAACAGAUUGGAUGGGAGCAGUCAAUGCAUGCUGAGGAAGGUGUCUAAACAAAGUUAGGGAAGUGAGCAAGAGCGCAGUGGAGCCUGGGAAUGGCUGCAGGCUGGGGGCAGGUGCAGACACACUGCUCUGGAAUGGGCUGAGACGGCAGGCCGCCCUGGGGAAGAGGUGCUGUAUGUCCUGGAUGGACUGCGCUGGCACUAGGGCGGUAGGGUCGGGCAGGGGAAGCAGUGGGGAGGAAGUGGUGACUGUGGGACCUCCCUAAGAAGUGGGUGAAGGGUAUGAAGACACAGACCAGGUUUCUAGUGUACGUUUGUGUGCCUGGAAGAUUUGCAGUAGCUAAAACGGAAUGGGGAAUGGGAAGCCGGCUAGAAGGUGAUGCUAAGCCCCCAGGCUCUGACCUCUCCCAGGAUGAGGUGGGGACGUCAUUUGCCCAGGGCCCCUUGGGGCUCUGGCCUCAGAGGAGCACCUCGGCCACCAGGUCAACGGAUCCCUUUCCUGCUCCACUGGAGUUCGCUCAUUAAAGGCGAGCACUCUCUUGGGCCCACUAGGGCUCUUAUACGCCACCAUGGAAGCUCAGCAGGCAGUGGGCCUCCUCCAGGGAGACAAGGACAGCUAUUCCGGAGCACCUCUGCAGCCGAAGCCAUCCAGCAGCACCGCCACAACCUAGCCGAGUGGUUCAGCCGGCUGCCCAGGGAGGAGCGCCAGUUUGGCCCAACUUUUGCGCUAGACACUGUCCACGUUGACCCUGUGAUCCGCGAGAGCUCCCCUGAUGAGCUGUUCCGCCCGUCUGCUGAGCUGGCGCUGGAGCAUCGGCCACCCCCGGUCGGGCUCCCCCCGCUGGCCCUGUCUCAGCUCUUUGACCCCGAUGCCUGUGGGCGCCGGGUGCAGACGGUGGUGCUAUACGGGACGGUGGGCACGGGCAAGAGCACGCUGGUGCGCAAGAUGGUCCUGGACUGGUGUUACGGCCGGCUGCCAGCCUUCGAGCUGCUCAUCCCCUUCUCCUGCGAGGACCUGUCGUCCCUGGGCCCCGCCCCGGCCUCCUUGUGCCAGCUUGUGGCCCAGCGCUACACGCCCCUGAAGGAGGUGCUGCCCUCGCUAGCUGCCGCCGGGUCCCGCCUCCUCUUCGUGCUGCAUGGCUUGGAGCGUCUCAACCUCGACUUCCGGCUGGCCAGCACAGGGCUCUGCAGUGACCCAGAGGAGCCAGAGGCACCAGCUGCCAUCGUCGUCAACCUGCUGCGCAAAUACAUGCUGCCUGAGGCCAGCAUUCUGGUGACCACCCGGCCUUCUGCCAUCGGCCGCAUCCCCAGCAAGUACGUGGGCCGCUAUGGUGAGAUCUGCGGCUUCUCUGAUACCAACCUGCAGAAGCUCUACUUCCAGCUCCGCUUCAACCAGCCAGACUGUGGGUAUGGGGGCACGGGCGUCUCAGUCACGCUCGCUCAGCGUGACAGCCUGGUGCAGAUGCUCUCCCGGAACCUGGAGGGGCAUCACCAGAUCGCUGCGGCCUGCUUCCUGCCCUCCUACUGCUGGCUCGUCUGCGCCACCUUGCACUUCCUGCACGCCCCGACACCUGCCGGCCAGACCCUGACCAGCAUCUACACCAGCUUCCUGCGCCUCAACUUCAGCGGGGAAACGCUGGACAGCACCGACCCCUCCAAGUUGUCCCUGAUGGCUUACGCAGCCCGCACCAUGGGCAAGUUAGCCUAUGAUGGGGUGUCCUCCCGCAAGACCUACUUCUCUGAAGAGGAUGUCCGUGGCUGCCUGGAGGCCGGCAUUCAGACGGAAGAGGAGUUUCAGCUGCUGCAUGUCUUCCGCCGGGAUGCUCUGAGGUUUUUUCUGGCCCCGUGUGUGGAGCCAGGGCACCCUGGCACCUUCGUGUUCACCGUGCAGGCCAUGCAGGAGUACCUGGCCGCCCUCUACAUUGUGCUGGGUUUGCGCAAGACCACCCUGCAGCGGGUGGGAAAGGAGGUGACCGAACUGGUGGGCCGGGUAGGGGAAGACGUCAGCCUGGUGCUGAGCAUCGUGGCCAAGCUGCUGCCUCUGCGGGCUCUGCCGCUGCUCUUCAACCUGCUCAAGGUGGUCCCUCGAGUGUUCGGGCGCGUGGUGGGUAAGAGCCGAGAGGCCGUGGCCCGGGCCAUGGUGCUGGAGAUGUUCCGAGAGGAGGACUACUACAACGACGAUGUCCUGGACCAGAUGGGCGCCAGCAUCCUGGGCGUGGAGGGCCCCCGGCGCCACCCCGACGAGCCCCCCGAGGACGAGGUCUUUGAGCUCUUCCCCAUGUUCAUAGGGGGGCUUCUUUCUGCCCACAACCGGGCCAUGCUGGCUCAGCUCGGCUGUCCCAUCAAGAACCUCGAUGCCCUGGAGAACGCCCAGGCCAUCAAGAAGAGGCUGGGUAAGAUGGGCCGGCGGGUGCUGCCUCCCACGGAGCUCCUCGACCACCUCUUCUUCCACUACGAGUUCCAGAACCAGCGCUUCUCCGCCGAGGUGCUCAGCUCCCUGCGCCAGCUCAAUCUGGCAGGCGUGCGCAUGACCCCCCUCAAGUGCACAGUGGUGGCAGCUGUCCUGGGCAGCGGCAGGCAUGCCUUGGAUGAGGUGAACUUGGCCUCCUGCCAGCUGGACCCUGCUGGGCUGCGCACACUCAUGCCCGUCUUCUUGCGUGCCCGGAAGCUGGGCUUGCAACUCAACAGCCUGGGCCCCGAGGCCUGCAAGGACCUCCGAGACCUGCUGCUCCAUGACCAGUGCCAAGUCACCACCCUGCGGCUGUCCAACAACCCGCUGACGGCGGCAGGAGUCACCCUGCUGAUGGAGGGGCUAGCUGGGAACACCUCACUGACGCACCUGUCCCUCCUGCACACGGGCCUCGGGGACGAGGGCCUAGAGCUGCUGGCUACCCAGCUGAGCUGCAACCAGCAGCUGCAGGAGCUGAACGUGGCCUACAAUGGAGCUGGUGAUGCAGCGGCCCUGGCCCUGGCUAAGGCUGCCCGAGAGCACCCCUCCCUGGAGCUGCUACACCUCUACUUCAAUGAGCUGAGCUCAGAGGGCCGCCAGGUCCUGCGGGACUUGGGAGGCACUACUGAAGGUAGGGCCCGGGUUGUGGCGUCACUGACGGAGGGGACAGCAGUGUCCGAGUACUGGUCCGUGAUCCUCAAUGAAGUCCGGCGGAACCUCAACAGCUGGGAUCGGGCCCGGGUCCGACGCCACCUUGAGCUGCUGCUGCGGGACCUGGAGGACAGCCGUGGUGCCACCCUCAAUCCCUGGCGCAAGGCCCAGUUGCUGCGAGUGGAGGGUGAGGUCAGGGCUCUCCUCGAGCAGCUGGGAGGUCCUAGAAGCUGAGAUGGCACCCACAGGUCCCUAGCUGUGUGACCACUGGCCUCAAUCCCCUCGUACUCCUACGGUCUCCUGGCUUGCACUACUCCUAGAGAGAUCUUUCUAGAGCCAGAGGCAAAGGAGUGGGCACAAUGGUGCCAGUUGCCCUCCCGCAGAACAUCCAGCCAGUGCUCCCAAGUCAGGAGUUUCCAGGGUCAAAGAUGGUGAGUCGAUGCUCCGAGCUUAGAGAUGGAAUGCACCUCCUCUGUCUUCAGCCAGAAGGACUGAAGGACGUGGCAUCUUGUGCCCAAGUGGCCCCAUCUCACUGCCACCAACCUCGCCUCUCCUCCAUCUCCAGGAACCUCUGACGGUGCUGCCUAAGGGCACACUUACGUCUCCCGGGCCAGGGCUGUCACCACCCACGAGAGGUGUGGGGGCCGCCCCUCCUGCCUUAUGCUCACCCGAGGACACUGAGGGUGACCUCACGUUGGUGCUUCCGCCUUGCGCUCCCGCCCCUUACCACAACGGUACUGAUGGCUCUGUGGCCCUAGGGACAGGUGGACCCGACUUGCUGCUAAUAAAAAGCUCUGUCUCCCACCUACUGUGGCUUCGUCUUCCUUGCCUGGUGAUUCCAAGGAAAGUUCUUGGGCACUAAGGCAAUAGGGGUGGGGCUGGGCCAGCCAUCCCGAGCCAGAGAAACAUCACGUCUUCGCUGUGUACUCCGUGGUGUGGAAUCAGUGGCCAGCAGUCUGCCUCUGAAUCCCCCAGCACGAGUGGCUGGA